AUGGAACAAGGGUUUAAUGUCUUACAUGUGGUAUCAGAGCCCGGUUAUGGAAUUUAUGAUUUUUCUUUAAAGAUUAUGAUUCAAGAUCUAGAUUCUGUACUGUCUAUUUUACCAGAAUUAAAUCUGCUAUUAGGAGUUUCUGUUGAAAUUAAUCGCUUAUCUGUUCCCGUUUCUCUGCAUUCGCAUGCUUCAUCUGUACCACUGUUCAACGGGCUAAAUUUCUCUGACUGGUGUGAACAAGUUCAGUUCAACUUAGGUGUUUUGGACUUGGACUUGGCACUUCAAGUUGAGAAACCUACUGAUCUUACUGAUGAGAGCAUUGCUGAUGAAAAAUCUGUCCAUAAAGCUUGGGAAAGGUCAAACAGAUUAAGCUUAAUGUUUAUGUGGAUGACCUUAGCAAAGAAUAUCAAGUCUACUAUCCCUAAAACUGAGAAUGCUAAGGAAUAUAUGAAGUUUGUGGAAGAACGUUCCCAAACAGCUGACAAAUCACUUGCUGGCACACUAAUGAGUACCUUAACCACCAUGAAAUUUGAUGGUUCUCGUACCAUGCAUGAGCAUGUUACUGAAAUGAGUAACAUUGCAGUAAGACUUAAGACUCUUGGGAUGACUGUGGAUGAGAACUUUCUGGUAAAAUUUAUCAUCAACUCUUUGCCUCCCGAGUACGGUCCAUUCCAUAUGAACUAUAAUACCUUAAAGGAUAAAUGGAAUGUGAAUGAAUUGCAUAGUAUGCUCGUGCAAGAGGAGACAAGGCUUAAGAAUCAAGGAACUCAUUCUGUUCAUCUCGUAAGUCAUCAAGGAGCUGGAAAGAAAUAUAAGAAAAGAUCUGGAAAUGGCAUUAAGUAA